GUGUUUUGAUUUUGGGUUAUACGCGGUCCAAGCCAAACGCACGGGGGUUUUGGAAGUGUGUUUCGAUUUACAAAGGUGCAAAGAGAAGGGAACGCUCGCGGCGUUAAAUGUGAAAUAAAAUGUGGCCAAUGAAGCUGGACAUGACCCGGGAAGAGUGUCGGGGUGUGCUAAGACGACUAGAGCUUGAAUCGUACGGCAACCUAAUAAGCACGUUUCGGGCCCAGGGAGGUUUGAACAAGGAAAAGCAACGCAUAUUGGAGGAGUUACGCCGGAUGCUACACAUUUCGAACGAUCGACAUCGGGCAGAAGCGAGACGCGUUGCAAAUGAUGAACGGCUCACUACGGUAGCUGAUAUUAUUGCUGGUCCCAACAGUGGUCAAGACUGGCGUCGCGAAGGGCAUCGUUCCUUUCCUAUAUUGCCCCGCACGGUACCUCACACGGCUUUGACGUAUAUAGCAAAUACGGUAUUUGAACAAUUGACUCUAGCAAACUCCAAAUUACCACAUCCCGCUGAAACUGCAUGCGAUCGACUAAAGAAUGCCGAAGAGAUGUACAAAUUCGAGCUGGUAAGGAAAGAAUCGUCCUUGUUGGAGAAUGGUUUUGUACGAGAUGCCGCUGUUGUUACUUCCGAUCCGUUAGAGGAUAUAAUGUCCAAGAGCUACAUCAACCGCGAGGAUAAACGCCACGAUGUAUCUAGAACGGAAGAAAAACCUACCUUAGACACUGGAGCUCCGGAUGAUGGUGUGAAAAUGACAAACGGUGAUAAACCAACCGCUUGCCCAUCUGAACCUACUCCUGAUCAAUCAUCUUUGUGUGAUAUAUUAUUGAACACAAAUAAUCGACCGGAAAGCAUUGACCAUUUAAAGCCCAAACAGAACAAGUCGGCAGAUCGUUCGUCAAGAAAAAAGCCACAGGCUACUAAGCGAUCAUGGAAAUCAAAAACGUCCAAUCCACCUGCCAAGCUAUUCAAGCAAGCACCAACACUGUCGAAAAAUGGGAAACAAUCUUCCAGAGCCAAUAACUUACACAGCCCACACCUGAUUCAUUCGUAUGCGGUACCUUUUGACGUAAAGGAUAAUAGCACAACGAACGGUGGCUCAACACCGGAACCACUACAGCUACAACAGCAUCUGAUGUCUAAUUUACCGUCACAAAAUCAAACAACCAGCCAAGGUACGCCGACGGGAGGACAAAUGGUAAAAUCGCAACGAUUCGUCAUGCCUGAUAAUCUUGGUGCUUCCACAGGUACAACGCCAAUCCCGGUGUACAAUCAUCAGCAAGGGAUCCUGCCAUCGUCCAAAAAGGACAUCCAGUACAAUUUGUCCAAGUUGAACCCAACCAGCAGCCUUGGAACGAAGGGAAACGUGAAUAUUCCUAUGAAAGGAUUCGGUUUCUAUUCACAUGGCAAGUCACUUCCGUAUCCGCUGUUGCACUAUCAAAAGAAAUCGCCCAGCAAAAAUAUUCUCAUACCUACUUCAACUGCGGCAGCUACAUUGGCCAGUUUGGGCCUGCCCACACCACUUCAUCCACCAUUGACGGACAAUGCAAACAAUUGGGUAAGUUCUAAAGCUCGUGACGGUAACACGAAACCGGCAAAGACUGUGCGAACCACAGCGACAGUUGAAAAUGUAACGGAGCGUUCGAGUGGUCCGGCCGAUGACAAACGUAAUGUAUCGGAGCCAGAAUCCACACCCAGCAAUCCUGCUGGUCCCAUCAUUCCGACUCCAACGGUGAAAGAAAAUCCGGAUCAAAAGGUUGACAAAAGCUCUCUUGCCAAACCGAUCGUGCUUUCCAAUCAGGUCAUACAAUUGCCGGUCACGAACAACGUUCCUCUCCCGGCACAACCGAACCUGGCUGGGUUUACUGCGGUAAAAAGCGGGGCCAAGCUAUCGGUGCACAAAAUGCAGCUAGUACCCGUAACUGGUGCCACGCCAACCGCUGCACCGCUGACUCCGACAGCACAGAAACACAAUGUCCUUAUCCUUCCGAAAUCGUCAGCUGUGGGGAUGCUCAAUUUGGGACAAAAGAUCACUAUCCCGAAAAGCAUUGUAGACUCAUCGACGAUCGUAACACCCACAGCAACGGUUAGUCCACCGAAGGUAAUUGUUCAAACUGUCCCGAACCCGUACAGUGUGACGCCGUCAACGACUUUCGACAUGAACAUCUACCGACAAAAUAAUGUACCAUCUCCGAAGUUACGCAUUAAUGACGAGAAUGCCAAGGAACACAGCAAAAUGUCCCCCGACGAGCGAUCUUCGGUACCAGACGCUCAAAAGCGAUCAUCUGCCGUUACGAUUCCUUGUGAUGCGGUACCUGGGAGAAAGAUAAAAAUUUCCACCAGUCAGCUUGUUCCUUUUAAGGGCACAUUGUAUUCGAACACGUUGCCGUCUGCAAAUACGGGUAGCGUAACGAUAGGAGCUAAGAAAUUGAAGAUAAGCUCGGAUGCGUGUCCUAUCGUUCGUACAGGUUCGAGUGCAACGGAUUGGGAAAAUGAACUAGAUCGUGCAAAUUGUUCGCAAGUUCCAAACGAACUGCCAUCUGCAUCGGCAAAUGAAACGUUGAGCUCAAUGCACGUCAGCGUCCCAAACUCGAAUUCUCAAACAGAUUCUGCAACAAUCGCUAAUGCAUCGAUAGUGCACAAAAAAGAAGACAACUUCGUCACCGGUAACGGAAACCAAUGUAUCGACCAUAGGAAUGAAACUAAUAACGGCAAAACUGUGGCCAGUAACCUUGGCGAGGACCAUUUGUCAGCAACAUCGCAGAGUGAGUAUGACAUGGUGUCGGGGGAACGAGGCGAUGAUUCAUCCGUAACGGAUUCUGCCGAAGCGGAGGAUGAUCUUGAUGACGAGGAAAGCCAGACAGAGGAAUUUGAAGGAGUUGAAGAAGACGAUUUCGGCGAUGAAACCUUAGACGUCGAAAUGGAAACGGAAGCAAUCAUCAUCGAGGAGGAACCGGCAAACUACGAUCAUUUGAUCGAGGAAGUGCCCGAAGAUGAACAGUUCAUAGAGGAGAUAGAGGAAGAUGGUCCGAUGGAAUUUAUCAGCGUUGGAUAUGGUACGACUAGCGAAUUAGUUGCAGAACUAGAAAGCAGUACUACUCCGCAGCAAAUUAUCGAAGGGCAUUGCGGCGUGAACGGUGUUGAGAUGCAGCAAGAAUCACAUCCGGCGACAGAGUAUGAGUCCAACAGCGAAGGAUUUGCUGCAACCGUCGAAAAUGGCAAUUUGCAAACGUUAACCGUGUCGGAUGGCAUGGUGUGUGACCUGUUGGAGUUAGGCACGGACGAUAAAUAUCAUGCGCAAACCUAUUCUUACAAGCAAAUGCUCGCAGAAGGUAUACCCGGUGUACGGGAAGCGGUGCAACAAACACAUCCAACAGUAAGAUUAAGUUAGGUAAGCUCACGAACACGAAACUGAAAGCAACAAUACGUACGGAGAGGUAAUACACAAG